UGUUCGUCCGGGACCGCGUUCGGUUGCCGCCGCCGCCGCCGCUGCCAGAGCCGUUGCCGGAGCCGGAGCCGCCAUAGUGCUAGCCGCUCGGUUUCCGACACCGCAGUUGAGAAUCCAGAAUGGGAGACAAGCCUAUCUGGGAGCAGAUUGGAUCCAGCUUUGUACAGCAUUACUACCAGUUAUUUGAUACGGACAGAACUCAGUUAGGAGCAAUAUACAUUGAUGCAUCAUGCCUUACUUGGGAAGGGCAGCAAUUCCAGGGCAAAGCGGCAAUUGUGGAAAAGUUGUCUAGCCUCCCGUUCCAGAAAAUCCAGCACAGCAUCACAGCGCAGGACCAUCAGCCCACCCCUGACAGCUGCAUACUCAGUAUGGUUGUGGGCCAGCUAAAGGCUGAUGAAGACCCCAUCAUGGGAUUCCACCAGAUGUUUCUAUUAAAGAACAUCAACGAUGCUUGGGUUUGCACCAACGACAUGUUCAGGCUAGCACUGCACAACUUCGGCUGAGACCCUCUCUCCCCAAGGCACCUGUGCUGUCUCUUUCUCCCCUUCCUGUUAUAUUCAUAACCCCCCCCACUCCCUCAAACUCUCCAAAUAUCAUACACAAACCCACAAUGCCACGGUGGGCGGUUGGGCGUAUGCCCCCUGGCACCCUGCUCUGACGGUGGUGUCACCAAUUGAGUGUGUUGUGCAUGAUGUUUGGACAUUAGACUAGCUACAUCUGACAGGAGAAGUUUGUGUUGUACCAGCGCAUGCCUUGGAAAGACUAAAUAAUGCAAAAGGUUGUGUCUCUUUUUCUUUCUCUCUCUUUCUCUCUCUCUUACUCUCUUCUCCUCUCUCCUUUCCCCAAUGUACUGACAAGUUACUCUAGUAACCCAAAGAAACAAAGGAGAAAGCAGCAGCUGCCUGCAAAGCCUAGUUACCAAUUUGUUCAGAUGUUCAAUGCUACAUUAUACAAUAAAACCAUGAAAAUUUUCUUAACAGUUUAAAUUGUUUUAAUUAGUUGGCUGUUAAGUGCAUAUCUUCAAAGUUUUAAUCUGUUUCUUCCUUUGAUAUCUGGAAGCCCAGAACCACCCCCUUCAGACACCAAACUUCUGUAGCACUCUUAAUCUGGACAGAUUCCUUCCCUCCUGCCUGUCCCUGCAGCAGCAGCUGCAGGAGCAGCAGGAAAUGGGCUCCUGGAGGAGGGGAAGAGUGCACCAACCAGUCGCACUAACAAUGAAGCUUACGGCUUUCCUUGGAGUGUAUUAAAAUGCUGACCCUGGGAAACAAACAGGUCUUUCUCCUCUAGCCUUUCUGAGGCUAGCUUGCUAUUCAUGUCGCAUAGAAACCAAUAGGACAGCCCAGCCAGAAGGAUGGAUCUUCCCCUUUCCCUGGCGUCAGCGCCCAGCCUUUUUUCUUCCUAAUUCUAGUGUUUUGAGUGAGUUGCAUCUCCUCGCCGAUGAGCAAUUUGAAAACACUACCAGCCUUGAGUCCUGUCUUCCAGAGCCUGAAGGUGGCCGCCAGUGCCUACUAGAGUGACCUGCACCCCUUGGGGGCAGUUGGGGAUUCCUCGUUGAAGUUUGCUCUAGGGUAGCGGCCGUUCCCUGGCAUCGGUGUUUUGAGCUGAUCGAGAGCCUUGCAAUGGGGUUGAGGUUUAGGCGUCCUCUUUCUGGGUUGGACUUGUGCAGCCCCGUUUUGACAAGGGUGGGGAGAGGGGGAGAGUUGGUCCUUUGAAACUGUGCUUUGGAAAAGGGCUGAAUCUGAGCUGGCCCUUUCCUCCCCUUGCUUCUCUUUGGUAGAAGCAGGUUCUUGAGGCUGUUGAGCAUUUUCCUCCUGGACUGGCUUUCCGAGAAGCACUUUAUUGCAACUAAGGCAAGGAAGGGACCUGGAGGGGGCAGAAAGAGGUUAUUUGGCUUUCUUAGCGGACAAGGCAGCGGCCGAUCCCGUCACCGGGAGGGCUGCCUCACCUGCUCCUUGGUAGAUGGAUCGAGCGGAGGGGUCCAACUCCCAGAUGGAUCCCUUGGAGCAGGCGAGGUUCCGGCCGGGUCCCUUCUCCUGAAAGGUAUUGAUUAAAUCAAGCCGCUAACGGUUCCUUCCUCUGGUUCCCCGGGCUGAAAGGAAUCAAAGGACGGAAGCAGAAAGCCAAUGAACCCUUUUGUGAGGGAUGAAUUUGGGGGUGUUUCUUGAAACACUCCUCUCCCUUCUGGCAAUCGGGGACACCUCUGAAAAGCUUCCAACCAUGCAGCCCUAUUUUACCCUCAUAGGUUUUGCUGCCAGAAUUUCUUCCAUUCCUCCCUCUCCAGCAGAUGCUAGUCUGGCUUGGUUUUGCCGCCUAAAUCGAGUGCCAACAAUCCCUCUUUGCACCCAGUCGACUCUUAAGGUGGGCGUGAUUUGCUUGAAUUUAUUCUUACAAGGAUGCUGUUCGCUGCUUUAUCUCAGGGAUUAAGAUUUUUUUUUUUUUUAUUCCAACUUGAUGAGCUGGGAGGAGUGAGGAGCCAGUAUUGAGAUCUGGUUUCCUUCAGUCUGAUGUGGGACCCAUUUAAACUUGCCACUGGUAGACAAGGUUGUCAUGGGCACAGGAUCUACUGCUCUCACUAAAAACAUCUUGUCUUUUUUCAGGCUAAACGGAGCAGUAUCAGGACUUGUCAGGGGCAGCAAGGGUUGGUGACCCAGGCUAGUUGGCGGGGGGGGGAUCUUUUUCCUCCCUCGAGCAGUAUUAUUCUAUGCACUGGAGUGAUGUCGCUGGGCUCUCCUCCCCCUUCUCCCCCUAAAAUCAGAGUUCUUCAGCAUGUGAAGGAAGGUCACAAAGUCUACACGUUCCACCUUGCCACUUUCCCACCUAGCUUUAUCUCCUGCUAGUUACUGGCUUUCGUUUGAACCCAGGAACAUCAGCCACCGUGGUAUUAUGUGGUGUGGCUGUGCAGAUGUCUGUGCCAUGUUGCCCUUGUGGAGAUAGGAGCGGUUCUGAGUGCACAGUUGGCCUGUUGAUCUGCUUGGGAAUUGGAGCUCGCUCCUGCAUCUUUUGGUUGAAGGGACCUUGUGCUCCUGGAAUUCUUGUUCUGCUGGACUGUUCCCUGCCAGAUUCCCCUAGGAGACACUGUUGCCUAGACCCAUUAGCCUUAAUCUCCAGGGUGUUCGUAGCCAUAUGAACAGGGAAGAAAAAAAAAAAAUCAGCUUUGCGAUUCUUGGUCUCUGAGCGGAAUUCCUUGUGGGAAUUCAACUGGUGGUGCCAGAAACAGUAAAAAAAAAAAAAAAUCUGGCCAAAACUGGGUGUAAAGAGACCCAUUUCUGUUCUCUGCUAAACGAAGGGAUAAAGGCUGCUCUUCAAGUUUCCCUCCAGUCUAAUCACGCCUUGAACUUCCAUCAAUGUCCUUCAGGCUGGUGGGAUAGGGACCCAGCUUCCUUUGGUCCUCAUUGCACCCUUCCUAGCCCUAGCGAAAACCCAAACCGAGCCAGCUCUGGACACAUCCCAGGCUUCAGCUGGUUUUGCACAGUUUCCCAGGAUGAGGUCUUCACUCCCAGGGCGCUUCCCCGCGGCCCCCCCCCCCCCCAAACCCUCCCUUUCCUAGAAAGCCAUCAGACUCUUGGAAGAAAUGGAGACCCAUGAAAACUGCCAUGGCUAAGGAGCUGCAGUGUGAAAAGGCCAGAACAGUUUUCAGUCCAGAUGGGCCAAAGCUGGUUUAUGUAAUUCUGUAACUCAAAUGUUUCCCUUCUGUAUGCUGUUUACCAAGGGCUGUCCUCUUUCUAGGAAGUUGAGUUUCUCCCAGGUGGAGGGCCAACAGGCCAUGCCCAUCCUUAACUGGGCAGAUGUGCUAUGUUCUCAAAAGCAAAAAUGUUUGUUAUGAAGAUAGGAGCGGAUGUUAUUUGGCAGGAGGAGAAGGGACUUGAUCAGGUGCCUAGGCUAGAAAUUUUGAACUUACCUGAUACAAUCAUGAUAUAAACUGAUGUAUGAUGGCUCCUCAUUGUACCUGUGACUGAAAUGUGUUAUCAAUAAAGCAGUUUUUUUUAAAAAAA